AUGGAAACUCUCUUACUCGCACCUCAGGUGGCAGGAACUUCAAUGUCUCUGGCUGUCUCACUAGGUCAACAUCUCCAAAUGGAAGAUUUUGUUUUCAAAGUCAGCUUAGGUUUCAUUCUAAUUGCGCGACCUGAAUACAUGUUGGAAGAAGCAAAUGUAGGUAUGAAGAUACAAGCAUUACAAAACAUGUAUGAAUACCUUCUUGAUGUGGAAAAACAACUGGGAUAA